AUGUCCAACAGCAGCUCCAUCAGCCACUUCCUCCUGCUGGCACUGGCAGACACGCGGCAGCUGCAGCUCCUGCACUUCUGCCUCUUGCUGGCCAUCUCCCUGGCUGCCCUCCUGGGCAACGGCCUCAUCAUCAGCGCCGUAGCCUGCGGCCACCACCUGCACACGCCCAUGUUCUUCUUCCUGCUCAACCUGGCCCUCACUGACCUGGGCUCCAUCUGCACCACUGUCCCCAAAGCCAUGCACAAUUCCCUCUGGGACACCAGGACCAUCUCCUACUCAGGAUGUGCUGCACAGGUGUUUCUGUUUGUCCUUUUCUAUUCAGCAGAAAUUUCCCUCCUGACCAUCAUGUGCUACGACCGCUACGUGUCCAUCUGCAAACCCCCUGCACUACGGGACCCUCCUGGGCAGCAGAGCUUGUGCCCACAUGGCAGCAGCUGCCUGGGCCAGUGCCUUUCUCAAUGCUCUGCUGCACACAGCCAAUACAUUUCCCCUGCCCCUGUGCCACGGCAAUGCCCUGGGCCAGUUCUUCUGUGAAAUCCCACACAUCCUCAAGCUCUCCUGCUCACACUCCCAGCUCAGGGAACUUGGAUU